CUCAGACUUGAAGCAUCCACGGCAUGGAUUCCAUCUUACAGAUACAACUUUGCCUGAGCGAACCAAAGCUACAGGGGAUAAAAGACCGAACAUCACCUUUAUAAGGCCCUUCAGCCUCGUGUUUUACUGGUUUAGAGUCCCGUCACUUUAUUUGUCUGCUCUUGCCUUGUUCUUCUACCUUCACCCCACUCGGACCCUUCAACCCCCACCUGAGCAGUCCGCCACUACCUACCUCACCUCUACCAGCUCCAUCUUCUCUAAAUCUCAAUCUCUUCUCUGCCUAUCUUGAUUCCUAUAAAAACACUCACAAUGGUCGACCGUCCAAACAAGCCCUCGGCGCUCGCCUCUACCCCCGCGGCCCCUCCUCAACCCGCCGUCGACAUCACUCACGAUAACUCUCGCGUCAAGGCCGUUCUUCCCACCGGCGAGAGCGUAGAGGUUCUCCUCCACGGCGCUACUGUCAUCAGCUGGAAGGAUGCUUCAGGAGCUGAGAAGCUCUGGGUCAGCGAGUCUGCUGCUCUUGACGGAAGUGCUCCUGUUCGAGGAGGUAUUCCCAUCGUCUUCCCGGUCUUUGGUACUGCCCCCGACCACGAACCCGUAGCCAAGCUUCCCCAGCACGGUUUUGCUCGUAACUCACGAUGGGAGUUCCUUGGAAAGUCUACCAGCGAGGGCUCUAGCUCCAGCGUGAAGCUCGACUUUGGUCUCUCCUCUGAGAGCAUCAGCGACGACUUCAAGGCUCUGUGGCCCUACAAAUUUGCUCUUAUCUACAGUGUCUCUCUUGAUCCUGAGAGUCUCAACACUACUAUUGUUGUUACCAACGAUGGUGACACUGCUUUCGACUUCCAGACUCUUCUUCACACUUACUUUAAGAUCAGCGAUAUCUCUUCCGCAGAGGUCACCGGUCUCGAGGACUCCGUCUACUUCUCCAAGGUCUCCAGCUCAGAGGCGACCCAAUCCGGCGCCAUCACUUUCUCUGCCGAAACCGACUCCGUCUACACCCCCGCCAAGGGUCCCUCUCACCCGGUCGUCAUCUCCGAGUCUGGUACUCCUCGUUUCCGUAUCGUCCGUGACAAUCUCGACCAGGUUGUCGUCUGGAACCCCUGGGUCGACAAGUCAGCCGGCAUCAAGGACUUUACUCCCAAGGACGGCUGGAAGAACAUGCUCUGUGUUGAGCCCGGUUCUGUCAAGGGAUGGCAGAAGCUGGAGAAGGGCGAUGCUUUCGAGGCGGCGCAGACUAUCACUCUGGUUUGACUUGGCAAGAGUGAGGGAGUGAGGAGAUUCAAGAUAUGACAGUUUUUACGUAACGGCAGCACAAUAAUUUGAGAUGGACAUGAUGUGAAUUAACUUGUGUUUUGAAAGACAAGCCCAUAUGCUUAGAUUAGAGAUGAAAGAAGGCACCAAAUCACAAGAUCACUGUCGUCAGUGCUGUGUUUAUCACUCAAGAUUCCUCACACGCAUCCAAGUGUUUCAAUGUCUCAUUUUUCUGCUUAUUCCCAAGUUGCUACCAUGAUAUUUACUGCUCCUAUUUUGUUCCAAUGUACAUUUUCGUCAUGUCAAACUUUAGUGUCACUCAUAUGCUCAGGCCGAUCGUGCCUUGUUCUCCCUAGAGAAAUGAUCCGCAACCAGGAAGGCCAACUCGAGAGCCUGCUUCUCGUUGAGUCUUGGGUCACAGAAACUAGUGUAGUUUGUCGACAAAUCAUCCUCAUCCAAUCCCUCACUGCCACCCAAACACUCUGUAACAGCAUCACCAGUGAGCUCGAGGUGCAUACCACCAAGGUUGCUACCCUCCUCUUUGUGAAUGCGUAGUGUCUCCUCAAGCUCACGGUAGAUAUCGCCGAAACGACGUGUCUUGAUGCCUGUGGGUGUGGAUAGUGUGUUGCCGUGCAUGGGGUCGCAUUGCCAGACAACCGUACGACGGUACUCGGAGUCCUCAACCGCGCGAAUAUGCGUGGGGAGGAGAUCGCGCACCUUGGCAGCACCGUAACGAGUGAUGAGGGUGAUCUUGCCAGGCUCGCGAGAGGGGUUCAACGUGCGAAGGAGAGAAAGAAGGUCUGAGGCUGGUGUUGUAGGACCGACUUUGAUACCAAUUGGGUUGGCAAUUCCGCGGAAGAACUCAACGUGGGCAUGAUCGAUCUGGCGAGUACGGUCACCAAUCCAGAUAAAAUGCGCAGAGGUAUCAUAGUACUCCUUCUUCUCACCGUCGUCAGCUGCAGGAGUAGGGCUUGAGGUUCUGGCAGUAGGCUUCUCAAGCAAACGAGUCAAAGACUGCUCAUAGUCGAGAAGAAGACCUUCAUGACUGGUGAAAAGCUCGACGGAAUCGAGUUCUCCGGGACGAGCAUUGAUGACCUGCAGGAAGCGCAGGGUCUGUUGAAUACUUGAGGCAAUAGCUGAGUACUUCUCCUUGAGCUCCGGGUCUCUCACAUGUCCGAGACCCCAGUCAAGAGGUCGAUGAAGAUCAGCGAUGCCAGAGGCGAGAGCAGCGCGAAUGUAGUUCAGAGUGGCAGCAGAGUGGUGAUAGGCUUUCACAAGGCGGUUAGGAUCGAUCUCUCGAUCUUCAAGACGGAAGCCAUUGAUGAUAUCGCCCUUGAAGCUAGGGACUUCCUUUCCAUCGACCAUCUCAGUAGGACUAGAACGCGGCUUCGCAUACUGCCCAGCCAUUCGACCAAUUCGCACAACUCUCUUGUUUGUUCCCCAAAUGAGAACAACACUCAUUUGCAGUAGCAAUUUGAUUUUACUCUCAAUAGGGCCCUGGCGACAAUAAUCAAAGAGCUCAGCACAAUCGCCACCUUGGAGAAGGAAGGCAUUUCCUUGUGCGACAUCGCGAAGAUGAGCUUUGAGGGCAAUGAUCUCAUUGGGAUGGACCAGAGGAGGAAGUUGCGUGAGUUCCUCAACAGCCUUGGCGAGAGGCUCUGCGUCAGGGUAGUUGGGCGAUUGCUUGAUGGGCUUUGAGCGCCAUGAAGAGGGUUCCCAGCCGGCAGAGGAAGAUGAAGCCAUUUUGUGUGUAAGAGGUGGGAUGAGCGAGACGACAGAUUCAAAACUGGGCGGAGCCAACCGCACAAAAGAAAAGAAUCAAGUGCCCGACUUGAUCAGUGUGUUGUAGUGUCUAUAUGAGGUCUGUUGAGUAUUUGUGGAAGAGUCGAGGUUUAUUGUAUCAAGAUGAGAGUGAGUGAGUCACAGAACAAAGACAGAUGGUCAAGACGCACCCUGGACUGCACCUGCACCUGGAACCGAAAAAAGUGAAGUUUAAUUGAGUUAACAAAGAAAUGUGGCGUUGCCGAUGGUAGCCACUACUUCAACUUU